GGAUCGUGGAUUGCGGCAGGGAUUUGAGGAGUGUUGGGAAACAAACAAGGAGCUACGCGUCGCGUCGACUGCAGGCCGCGGUGUUGGUAUCUCAAAAGCGUUCGUGCAGACCGCGCAUUGUUGCGUUACAACACGCGCAUAGCAACGCUGAGGACGAUAUGAACAGCUGAUCGUUGCCAAAACCGCGCAAUGUCCGUCAAAUCCAGCAGCACGCGUUAUGUUCACGCUCUGGUCGCAGGAUGUAAAAUGAAUACAACACCACGAUAUUCGACAAUAUCGUCCUGAGAGACGGAACCGUCUGCGGCUUUUCUGAAGACUCGAGGCCUGUCAUAACGGAUUUAUCUGUGGCAACAGCUGAGCGACUCCCGCGCGCAGCACGCGACGCGCCGCGUGUCUCUUAUUAUCGUGGAUUUAACCGAAUGAUCGAGAAGAAAUCGUUUCGUUUGAGUCCGGUCACGCCGUGAUUUCAGCACCGAAGGUGAGCGCGCAUGCAAAUGUCUGUGCCAUGCAUCCUCCCGGCAAACAGCUGAUGCCCACAUAGAGAUCUCUGAAGAGAGUCUCUCUGGCUGCAGAGGAUGCUGGGAAUCUGUCGUGGGCGCAGGAAGUUCCUGGCUGCUUCUCUUGCGCUGGUCUUUAUUCCGGCUCUCACUUGGCUCUAUCUGUCAUCUGCAAACUUCACCGUCAAACCGCUGGAGCUUCAGUCGUCGGCACUGAUCGGAGCGCUCGGUGAACAUCAGGCUUUGGAGCUGAGGCUGCGAGAUGCGCAGGACCGGAAACGUGACCUGCAAAGAGAGUUCAGCCCGACAUCCAGAACCUCAACCCAUAGCAACCGUCACAGCAGCGGUCGUCAUGGCAACCAGAUACACACCCACUCCACAGAAGAGGGUACGGGUGACAGUGAGGCUAAAAAAGCCGGGAACAACUCGGACUGCGUGCGUCAGCCCGUGGUGAACAAAUGUGAGACCAUUCAUAUUGCCAUCGUGUGUGCGGGAUACAACGCAAGCAGAGAUGUGGUCACUUUGGUCAAGUCAGUACUGUUUCACAGACGAAAUCCUCUUCACUUCCACGUCAUCACGGACUCUAUCGCUCGUAAGAUCCUGUCUGAUCUCUUUCACACCUGGAUGGUCCCGGCCGUUCACGUCAACUUCUACGACGCCGAUGAGCUUAAGUCCGAGGUGUCCUGGAUCCCUAACAAGCAUUAUUCUGGCAUCCACGGCCUGAUGAAGCUGGUGCUGACCAAGACGUUGCCCUCCGACCUGCAGAAGGUCAUCGUGUUGGACACCGACAUCACGUUUGCCACCGAUAUAGCCGAGCUCUGGGUCGUCUUUCACAAGUUCAAAGGUCAGCAGGUUCUGGGUUUGGUGGAGAAUCAGAGCGACUGGUAUCUGGGGAACCUCUGGAAGAACCAUCGGCCGUGGCCUGCACUGGGACGAGGAUUUAACACCGGUGUGAUUCUGCUGCUGUUGGAUCGUUUAAGGAAGCUGAAGUGGGAGCAGAUGUGGAGACUGACAGCCGAGCGAGAGCUCAUGAGCAUGUUGUCCACAUCACUCGCUGAUCAGGACAUCUUUAACGCAGUGAUCAAACAGAACCCAUUCCUGGUCUAUCAGCUGCCGUGUUUCUGGAACGUUCAGCUGUCGGAUCACACGCGCUCAGAAAAGUGUUAUAAAGAUGUGUCUGAUCUCAAGGUGAUCCACUGGAACUCUCCUAAGAAGCUUCAUGUCAAGAACAAACACGUGGAGUUCUUCAGAAAUCUCUACCUGACCUUCCUGGAGUAUGAUGGGAAUCUGCUGAGGAGGGAACUCUUCGGGUGUCCCAGCGAAACAGACCACAACUCUGAGACCCUCCAGAAGACUCUCUCUGAGCUGGAUGAAGAUGAUCCGUGUUAUGAGUUUCGUCGGGAGCGCUUCACCGUUCACCGUACACACGUCUAUUUCUUGCACUAUGACUAUGAACCCAGCGCUGAUAACACUGAUGUGACGCUGGUGGCACAGCUCUCCAUGGACAGACUGCAGAUGUUGGAGGCCAUCUGUAAGCACUGGGAGGGUCCCAUCAGUCUCGCCCUUUACCUAUCAGACGCUGAAGCCCAGCAGUUUCUGCGCUACGCUCAGGGUUCAGAGGUCCUGAUGAGCAGAAGUAACGUCGGAUAUCACAUCGUCUAUAAAGAAGGACAGUUUUACCCCGUCAACCUGCUGAGAAACGUUGCUAUGGGUCAGGUGAACACACCUUACAUGUUCCUGUCAGAUAUCGACUUCCUGCCCAUGUAUGGACUGUAUGAGUACCUCAGGAAAUCGGUUGUGCAGCUCGACAUGGCGAACACUAAAAAGGCUCUCGUGGUUCCCGCGUUCGAAACGCUUCGGUACAGAUUGUCCUUUCCCAAAUCUAAAGCUGAGCUCCUGUCACAGCUCGACAUGGGCACCCUCUUCACAUUCAGAUAUCACGUGUGGACGAAAGGUCACGCACCGACUGACUUCGCUAAAUGGCGGACGGCCACGACAGCAUAUCGCGUGCAGUGGGAGGCUGAUUUCGAGCCGUACGUGAUGGUCAGGAGAGAAAGUCCCGAGUACGACCGACGAUUCGUAGGGUUUGGCUGGAAUAAAGUGGCUCAUAUAAUGGAGCUGGAUGCACAGGAAUAUGAGUUUGUGGUUCUUCCCAACGCAUACAUGAUUCACAUGCCUCACGCUCCCAGUUUCGACAUCACCAAGUUUCGCUCAAACAAACAGUAUCGUAUGUGUCUGAAGACGCUGAAGGAGGAGUUUCAGCAGAACAUGUCUCGCCGUUACGGUUUCGCAGCGCUCAAGUACAUGACAGCGGAUAACAACAGCUAGCCAAGAAAAUCCUGGAAUAAUUCCAUCCCGAUGAUUCCCAGGAGCGCCGGGCAGCCGUGGAGACUGAUGUGAAGUUACGGGUGAUUCAUGAGGACGCACGGCUCGUGAUCAGUCACACCUUCAUUCAGGGAUCUGACGUUUAUCACCAACACUGGGAAUUACACUGCUGACUAUGAUGAAGAUGAACAGAUUCUUCAAAAAAAAACUUAGAGAGUAAAGCAGACUGUUCAUUUACAUCUGAUUUGAUGUGUUUCUGGAUUGAAGGUUUGAUUGUGAUGUAAACAGAGCAGUGUUAGGAUGAAUGUUGUGUGUUGUACAGUAGAUGAAUUGUGUGUUUAUUCUCAGCAGUGUAAUAAACAAAGAUCUGGACUGACAAUAAUAACUAA